GUGGUACCCGUCUUGCGUCGCUCAUGUGACGGGACCAUGCUGCAUGAUGUGGAGCCAAUGGGAUGGACGCAGAUGCCUGAUGGGAUGACCAUGCUCUCUUGCUACCGUGUCCGCGGACGUGUGCAGACGUGUUUCCUGAGGUGAGUAUUUCCAGGAGCAUAAGUGUGAGCCGGUAUGUAUUAGCCUGUGUAGAUGAGCCUGUGUAUGUGAGCCUGUGACGUGUAAGUAUUAGCGUGUGACUUAGUGUCUUGCCUGGGAGGUUUAGCCUGUGCGCGCGGUAAGUAUUCCCAGAGGAUCAGUGGCGUGUAGCCGAAGACGAUAGCGACGAGUGUUUCCCUCGAAGUGUGUACUGCCGAGGACGACGUCUGCCAUCCUGACAAGGUUUCCAGUCGACGACCAUGUGAGUAGUCUAGUAGUGUCAUUGCUAGCGGUUGUGUAAUCGUAGAAGAAACCCACUGAGAGCUAACCGAAAUAAACACCACAAUGGUGUCAGAAGUGGGAUUUAGUGCAGUCGUGUUUUAACGGUUAGGCUUAUUCUUUGCAAAAGUCGGCAUCCUGUGUUAAAAUUGAACCACGAAUCGUAUUUAGUUUGUAUAUUUUUUCCAAUCCAAUUGUACCGUAAAGUGGUCUAUGCUAGACAUGUGUAACGCACCAGCCGUCUAUUUUUAGACGUGUUGCAAGGUGACCACGUGGUCUCACUGCUGGAAAACCACGCUUGUCUGCAUUCGAGGUCGCGUGAUCAUUGGUGCGGAGUAGUUUUAAGUGCACUAGCUGACCUGAAUGUUUACAUUAUUUGCGUCGCGAGAAAUCGGGUUUUAUGAGCAAGUCCGUCUGUAGCAUAGCUAGACCAGCGCGUGUUGGGUAGUGUUUUGUUUUGGAUUGGUGUUAUGGAUAUGGUUUAAUAAUUGUUUUAUUGCAAUUAAUAUUUAAUUGUUUCAUUGAAUUUUGAAAUAAAUUAAUAGACGUAUUUUUUAUUGUGCGUGCUGUGUUUCUUCAUUUUUUUGUGUGUGUACUGUGCUGCAUUAGAAAUGAGUAGCCCAAAUAAGUCUCCGGGUCUUGUACGUGUAAAUUUCGACCCCCCACAAACUUUGAUGUUGAUCUCCGGAAUAGGGCCCAAAUUGGCGCGGAUCAUUGUCCAACUUCGACAGGAAUCAGGUAACUUGGACCUGGACACCUUGGAGGUCCUGAUUAGGCGGCCCCUAAGUGAGAGGGAGUUAGACCAGCUGGAUUUUGCAGAAAAUCCAAUGCUUGCAGCGACGUCCCAGUCCAGUGGAACGGGAGAACACCCAAGUAGGUCCAGGGCCCCUGAGCCAAUGUUUGAAAGCACGCCAUACCUAAACCAGGACCAGAUAAAGGCAUAGCUAGCCUCUCAGAUAACAGAUUUAGAGGCGGAGAUCACUCGAUGGGAGGAGUUCCCGGGGAUAUGGAGCGAUUUCCUUCCCCAGUUUGCAAAGCCUUUGUUCCCCAAGCGUCUGUUGUUUCAGCCAGAUCCUGUGGUGGUGACAGGCAUGCCGAUACUGUCUGAUGUCGCAUCAAGCGUCCCCGCCCCGCCCCAGUCGUUAGGUUUGCCCCAGAUGAGGGCUGGUAGGGCAGAUUACAAUGUGCCAGCACAAUUUAGAGAGACGUCCGCAGAGCAUUUGGGACACUUUCGGACCCCAAGAAGCCCUCCUGCUCCUAUAAUGCGUCCUUGUCCAACCCAUUUCACCAUGCCUAGCAACCAACCUGUUGUAAGUGGCGUCCCAUUGUAUAACCACCAACCUGUUGCAAGUGGCUUCUCAAUGCCAAACAACCCACCCGUUGUGAGUAGUGUUCCCGUGCAAAGCACCCUACCGGUGGUUGGUAAUCUCACAGUAGCCAGCAAUUUACCUAUAUUAGGUAAUAACCCUGCACACAACAAUCCACCCGUUGCAGGUAACCCUACCCUACUCAGCAGUGUCCCCGUUCAGACAAGCCCUCCGGUCCCAAUUAACCCCCCGUCCCAGCGGGAUCGGGAUGUUUUGACCAAGCUGCCAAAGAGCCUGCUAUUUGAUGGAUGCAGCAAUUGGUUGUUGUUUAAGAGGAAGUUUGAGCGUUACGCCAGAAUGCAAGAUUGGUCUGACGAAGAAUGCGGUGCUUGUCUUGGUUGGUGUUUAACUGGUAAGGCGGUGGAUUUUUAUGCAUUACUGACCGAAGGAAGGGAGACGUUACCUUACGCCGAGCUUAUGCAGCGGCUUCAGGAGCGCUUUGGUGCCAGGGAGCUCCCAGCCACCGCGCAGGGUCGUUUUCAGGAUAUCCAACAAGAAGUAGGCGAGUCCCUGUACGAUUGGUCCGAUCGAGUGCUGACGCUGGCAACAACGGCAUUUCGUGAUCUGCCCUAUGCGUACGCCACUGAGCAGGCAGUGACGAAGUUUUGUCACGGUUUGCUUGACAAGGAGGCCGCCAAGCAUGUAAGCCUGCAGUUACCCACAUCGAUGGGAGAUGCGAUGAACAUGAUGAAGAUAUAUAGCCAUGUUCAGUUGGCUUGCGCCGCGGCUCCGAGGGAUAGCCAAGAGAGUGAGCGAGUGUCGAGGUGUGUUCAUGAGGUGAGAAGAGCACCCUCUCCAGAUACGGUAAUUGGGUCGGCGGUCGACAAAUUGACCCAGGUGGUCGAUCGGCUGCUGGGUUCUGUGGGGCAAUUAUCGGACUCUUGUGGGAGCCAGGACGAUGAUUCUCGCGUCAGACAACCGGUUCAGGUGUUCCGUUCCGAUGAAGACGAGGGAUUGUAUGGCGAGUAUGCAGCCGAAGGUUCCAAUGAAGACGGCACCCAGAACCGGGGGUUCAACAAGCAACGCCACGUUAGGUGUCACGAGGGUACAGGUGGCGGCGGUCCACGUGGGCAUCGGGACAUACAUGCCUACGAAAGGGGAUCCGGCCCAAAUGCUUACCAAGGGAGCGGCGCCGGUAACGGGCGAAACAACGGGUACCGUAGUGGGUACCAAAAUUCAAAUGUCCGCCCCGAGGGAUCGAAGCGAGGCAGGUAUGGUUCAAAUUGGGGCGAGUAUCCCGGGAUGGCGAGGCGGGACAUAUCGUGCUUGUUUGGUGAUUUGGAACAUUUCUGGUGUGAUUGUCGUGUGGGCGCCGGGUCCGUUGCCAACAAUGAGUCGAUACCGAUGUCAGUUACCGAGGCGGCGGAGCAGCAGAGUAGACCGGAAGUAGGUCGCGUCAACCAGUUGGGUUCAGCUGCGCAGUUUUGUUUGAAGGUUCAGGUUGGUGACGUAAUGGUUGAUGCAGUGAUUGAUUCGGCAGCGGAGGUCAGCCUCAUCUCAGAUCGGGUCUAUAAGGCCAUGAAGCAGCCACCUCCCAAGCAGCGUGAUGUCAAGCUGUUGAUGACAGGGAGGGAUGCCUCCAUGCAGGGUUUUGUUGUAGGCCCAGUUAAGUUAAAGAUUGGUAACUACUGGUAUCAGCAACAUUUGUAUGUAGCCCCGACAGAUGUCGAUAUGCUACUUGGUUUCGACAUUUUGAUGAAUCCGGGCAGGGCCAUAAUCAAUAUGGCAGAGGCCACUAUUAUUUUUGAUGGGCAGGUUUUGAGCCUCGAGGGGGGAAGCCUACAGCAUACCGACCACGUGCAUGACGCAGUUCCGUUUGCGUUGCCGACAGCUUCAGAAGUCGUCCGGGAUCCACAGAUGGUCACCGAUGAGAGCACUGAGCGGGACCAUGGGGGUUCUAGUUAUGUCGGUACGUUUCGCGUGCAGCGGGUGGCGGUCCAGUCCGGAGUUAGGGCCACCCCGACCGCCGGACAUGCAGAUCCGGCUGGCGUCACCGCGGAAGACAGCCGGGAGAAAGCGUCCAGUUGUGGUGUCACCGCGGCAGACCGUCGGAAAAGGGCUUCCGGUUAUGGCGUAACAUCGGAAGUCCGCUGGAACAGUGCGUGCGGUUACCGAGUCUCCACUAGUAACAUCAAGCUGCCGACCGUUCAAGAAGUUGUCCGUCACAUUGGGGUGUGCACCGACGAGAGCACUGAAGGAGGCAACGGUAAGACUGGCGGCGUCGGCGACAGAGAAGACGAGUUCACCGAAGGCAUCGAUGAUGCGGUUCCGUUGCAGCUACCUACAGUUUGCGAAGUUGUCCGUCACAUUGGGGUGUGCACCGACAUGAGCACUGUAAGGGGCAACGGUGAGACUGGCGGCGUCGGUGACGGUGAAGCUACAGCGGAGGGAGAAAACAGUUGCAAGCCGUAUCCAGUCCCGCAGGAGUUGUCCAGUUUUCGGAGCACGUCAGAAGAAUCGUCUAGCUACGGGAACUCUGUCGGCAUAGUCCUUACAGAGUUGCCCAAGAGACCUGCCGGCAUAGUCCCGCAGGAGUUGUCCAGUUUUCAGAGUACGUCAGAAGAAUCGUCUAGCUACGGGAACUCUGUCGGCAUAGUCCUUACAGAGUUGCCCAAGAGACCUGCCGGCAUAGUCCCGCAGGAGUUGUCCAGUUUUCGGAGCACGUCAGAAGAAUCGUCUAGCUACGGGAACUCUGUCGGCAUAGUCCUUACAGAGUUGCCCAAGAGACCUGCCGGCAUAGUCCCGCAGGAGUUGUCCAGUUUUCAGAGUACGUCAGAAGAAUCGUCUAGCUACGGGAACUCUGUCGACAAAGUCCUUACAGAGUUGCCCAAGAGACCUGCCGGCAUAGUCCCGCAGGAGUUGUCCAGUUUUCAGAGUUCGUCAGAAGAAUCGUCUAGCUACGGGAACUCGGUCGGCAUAGUCCUUACAGAGUUGCCCAAGAGGCCUGCCGGCAUAGUCCCGCAGGAGUUGUCCAGUUUUCGGAGUACGUCAGAAGAAUCGUCUAGCUACGGGAACUCUGUCGGCAUAGUCCUUACAGAGUUGCCCAAGAGACCUGCCGGCAUAGUCCCGCAGGAGUUGUCCAGUUUUCGGAGCACGUCAGAAGAAUCGUCUAGCUACGGGAACUCUGUCGGCAUAGUCCUUACAGAGUUGCCCAAGAGACCUGCCGGCAUAGUCCCGCAGGAGUUGUCCAGUUUUCAGAGUACGUCAGAAGAAUCGUCUAGCUACGGGAACUCUGUCGACAAAGUCCUUACAGAGUUGCCCAAGAGACCUGCCGGCAUAGUCCCGCAGGAGUUGUCUAGUUUUCAGAGUUCGUCAGAAGAAUCGUCUAGCUACGGGAACUCGGUCGGCAUAGUCCUUACAGAGUUGCCCAAGAGGCCUGCCGGCAUAGUCCCGCAGGAGUUGUCCAGUUUUCGGAGUACGUCAGAAGAAUCGUCUAGCUACGGGAACUCUGUCGGCAUAGUCCUUACAGAGUUGCCCAAGAGACCUGCCGGCAUAGUCCCGCAGGAGUUGUCCAGUUUUCGGAGCACGUCAGAAGAAUCGUCUAGCUACGGGAACUCUGUCGGCAUAGUCCUUACAGAGUUGCCCAAGAGACCUGCCGGCAUAGUCCAGCAGGAGUUGUCCAGUUUUCGGAACACGUCAGAAGAAUCGUCUAGCUACGGGAACUCUGUCGGCAUAGUCCUUAUAGAGUUGCCCAAGAGACCUGCCGGCAUAGUCCCGAAGGAGUUGUCCAGUUUUCGGAGCACGUCAGAAGAAUCGUCUAGCUACGGGAACCCUGUCGGCAUAGUCCUUACAGGGUUGCCCAAAAGAUCUGUCAGCAUAGUCCCACAGGAGUUGUCCAGUCGCCGGUUUCCCUCUGGUAACACCCAGAGGAACCAGUUUAGUCACGGCGACCCCUCGGUAAACCGCCAGAGCGGUGCGUGCGGUUACGGAGUCGUCGCGUGUGUACGCCAGAAGAUCUCGGAGGAUGGAUCUCGGGGACCUUUCAGGCGUGGCUCUGAAGGGUGGCGACCCUCAAGUUCUCGCCGUUGGGAGCGGUCCCAGCGGUGGAAAUUAAGUAAGUGUGUAAGCGAGCGUGGGGGCAUGAAGUAAUUAUCUAUUUAAAGGGUGGGGGUGGGUACCUUUAAUAGUCCUCUCUCUGUUUUUCUUGUUUUAGUUGUGUUUUGCUCCACUUAGUGUCAGUGAAGUGUAGAUUCCAUUAGCCCUUUAUUGGCCUCGCCCACAAGUCCAUUAUUCUUUUGGUUCUUUUUAUUUUUGUACGUUCUUCUGUGAGUAGAACUCACUGGUAGGUUCUUUUCAUUUUUCUUGUUUAAUAUACCUUCUCUUUUUUUUAUAUAAUUCGGAUAUUUUUUGUAAUGUAAAGUUUGGCUGGUAGGAUGUAGUUGCACGUUGGCCACUGUAAGGCGGUGAUUGUAGACCUGACACUCAUACCUCGGCUUCCCCUCUUUGUGUACAUCAUUCAUGUACUCUUAUCAUUUUUUGUCUCGUCGGAUUGUUUAGUAUAUCUGUUUAUUCAUGUUUCCCUGAUUGGGAGUGGAUAUGCUGAAGUUGGUAUUGCCACCCGGAAAUAAAUAGAGAAUAAAUAAAGAUCAUUAUAAUUUUGUUAUUAGAUAUUAAAAAAAUAUAUUAUUUAUAUUUACAUUUUUAUUAUUUCUAUUUUCGUGCCUGGACUGAUGGUGUGUUUUCACCCAAAUGUAACACGCAUAAGGUCGUAAAUAGGUACGCGUAGCCUCGCUAAAUACUGGCGGGUAGUUGGCGGCAGGGCGAGAGAUUCAGGCAGUAAUAAGUUGCAUCUAGUGUAGUCUAACGGUGAGCUCUUUCAGCCUACUAUUAUUGGUAGUUCUCUGAAAAUCCGGACUUGUGAGCAUGUCACUGCCGUGGGAAACUGUUGUUAUUGUUAUUUAAAUAUUAAUAAUAAUUUAUGUUGUUAUUUACAGCCACCGCCAUGGCGAUCAACAUAAUUGUGCGUAACCCUCCAGUCUCCAGUACAUUAAUUCAGUGUUUCUUUUGUGUAGCGUGUUUUGCUGUCUAUCCAGGCCUCUAUAAUGGCCAAUUUCAAUGCUGUAGCUGUUUGCAGCCGAAGGCUGUUAAUUGCUCCACUUUGUAGAUGAACUGGCAGGGCGAGCCCAUUUAUCCCAGAGUCCCUUCUUUCUUGUUUUUGUAAUAUUCCUGAUUUCGUCUAUGCACGAGUCGCCCACUGCAGUACACUAUAAAUCAAAAUAACACUGCAUAAGAACUUUAGAUAUUCUUGUCCGGGAACAUAAUAAUAAUAUUAGAUGUUAAUAUGUCUAUAACAAAAUCACAAUAAUAUGUAUGCAUGCAUAUUAAAAUAUUCUUGGUGGUCGUACGAAAACCGGCCAAUGGGUUAAAAUUAGUUGUGGUCUAUCUAGGGUUGAGGCCCCCAUUCUGCGCACGUUGUGGCGUGCCUGUAGUUUUGAAACAAUUAGGUUGUCCCGACUUUGGGGAGUCUGGGCACUGUCAUAGUUCCGCUAAGUCGCUGCGUCUAGGCGUACAUCGCAUGGCAAAGGCGCCCUCCUUGCUUACGAAAGGGGCAUUGGGGUCCGAGAGAUAGUCAAUAUACUUCCUUGGAGUGCAUGGGACGGCUUGGGCGCAGUGGCUUUAGAGUACGUGGCAUGGCGAAGGCGCCCUCCUUGCUUACGAAAGGGGCAUUGGGGUCCGAGAGAUAGUCAAUAUACUUCCUCGGGUGCGACGGGACGUCUGUGGCGGACUGACUAUGACAUUCGGUGGGACGAUUCCUUUGUGAGUAUG